AAAGUGUGGGACUAGUUCCGUUGAAUCUCUUUGAAAGGACCUCCCUUUCCAUUUCCAUCCCACACUUCCUUCUCUCUGCAAAUUUGUAGCUGAACCCGAUGGCAGUCAACGUAAAGAAUCAAACUUAAUGGCUACCGAAUGAAUGUACUACAAAAGCUAACUUUGUACUACUGCUUUGCAGUACAGGCAAAGGGUCUUGAAAGUCUUUAAACUCCUUUUGGUGGGGGUUAGUAAACCGUGGGUCGCUUUAAUACAAUACUCUGCAAAUCGUGCCAAAUCCAAAAGUCUCGAAUUGCUGAUUUUGAGAUACCCGUUCUGAAGAUUGUUAGGGUCUUGUUUCAGAUGCGGAAUUCAAUGCUCUUUGUGAUUUUGAUCUUCGCAUUGAAUUAACUUUAUUUAUCGUUUUGGCUUUUUACGAAGCGUGUGGUUCGCUCGUGGUCCUUUUAGAGGUGUUUAUUUACUGCUGCCUCGACCAUUGAACUGAAAUACUCAAAACUUAGAUUUUUUGGAUAUUUUCUUCAUUGUAUUUGGAGCUUUCUGCAGGUCAACUCGAGGAAGGACACUCUUAAGUUAAUAUGAAACAAGUUUGCUGAGCUGAACUUUGGGAAGAAGAAGAACAAGCUGAUCAUCAAGACUAGCAAGCCAAGAACCAGAUUUUAUUAAUGGGGAACAUGAACAUAGAGGAGAUGAAAGAAAUUGAAAGGGUUGAGAGAGAUGAUUUAGAAGAGAGGAUUGAUGAGCAAGAAGAGUUGAAGAGAAUUGCACCUUGGACGAAACACAUAACAAUUAGAGGACUCAUUGCUAGCCUUCUUAUUGGUAUCAUAUACAGUGUGAUAGUGAUGAAGCUCAAUCUCACAACUGGGCUAGUUCCGAACCUUAAUGUCUCGGCCGCUCUGCUUGCCUUUGUAUUGGUCAGGUCAUGGACAAAGUUGCUGCAAAAGGUUGGAUUUGUUUCAACUCCAUUUACUAGACAAGAGAAUACUAUCAUUCAGACCUCUGCAGUUGCUUGUUAUAGUAUUGCUGUUGGAGGUGGUUUUGGAUCUUAUCUGUUGGGUUUAAACAGGAAGACAUAUGAACAAGCAGGAGUUGAUGCCGUAGGUAAUAAUCCUGGGAGCAUUAAGGAACCUGGGAUCGGUUGGAUGACUGGGUUUCUCUUUGUGAGCUGCUUUGUUGGGCUUCUGGCAUUGGUUCCUCUAAGAAAGAUUAUGAUAAUUGACUACAAAUUAGCUUACCCAAGUGGAACUGCUACAGCUGUUUUGAUUAAUGGGUUUCAUACCCCCAAAGGAGACAAAAAUGCUAAGAAGCAGGUUCAUGGGUUUCUGAAAUUCUUUUCAUUUAGUUUCCUCUGGGCUUUCUUCCAAUGGUUCUAUGCAGGUGGAGAUUCAUGUGGAUUUUCUCAGUUUCCCACAUUUGGCUUGAAAGCCUGGAAAAACUCAUUUUACUUUGAUUUCAGUAUGACUUACAUAGGAGCAGGAAUGAUCUGUCCACAUCUAGUAAACAUAUCUUUGCUCCUUGGUGCGGUGCUUUCUUGGGGAGUAAUGUGGCCACUGAUCGGUGGGCUCAAGGGAGAGUGGUUCCCUGCAACAUUACCUGAAAGCAGCAUGAAGAGUCUAAAUGGUUACAAGGUUUUUAUUUCUAUUGCUUUGAUCCUGGGGGAUGGACUCUAUAAUUUUCUGAAGAUACUGUUCUUCACUGCCAGAAACAUUCACGCUAAAGUGAAAAAUAGCAACCGUAAAACAUCUCCCGAUAACCAGAAACAGCUCCCAAAUGAUCUUCAUCGAAAUGAACUAUUCAAUAGAGAGAGCAUUCCUAUUUGGGUAGCAUGUGCAGGAUACACCUUUUUUUCUGUCAUUUCCGUCAUUGUAAUCCCUCAGAUGUUCCCCGAGCUGAAAUGGUAUUACGUAGUUGUUGCUUACAUUCUUGCACCCUCUUUGAGCUUCUGCAAUGCUUAUGGUGCUGGUCUGACUGACAUGAACAUGGCCUAUAAUUACGGAAAAGUAGCCCUCUUCGUGCUUGCUGCCUUGUCCGGAAAGGAAAAUGGUGUGGUUGCUGGACUCGUGGGCUGUGGUCUUAUUAAAUCCAUUGUUUCAAUCUCAUCUGAUUUGAUGCAUGAUUUCAAGACCGGUCACCUAACUCUCACUUCUCCAAGAUCCAUGCUUCUCAGCCAGGCUAUAGGGACAGCCAUCGGCUGCAUUGUAGCUCCUCUUACAUUCUUUCUCUUCUAUAAAGCUUUUGAUCUGGGGAACCCUGAUGGUGAAUACAAAGCCCCAUAUGCUCUCAUUUAUCGAAAUAUGGCAAUUCUUGGUGUUCAAGGCUUCUCUGCCCUUCCCCAGUAUUGUUUGCAGCUCUGCUAUGGGUUUUUUUCCUUUGCGAUAGCAGCCAACUUGUUGAGAGAUUUUACUCCCAAGAAUAUUGGGAAAUGGAUUCCCAUUCCAAUGGCGAUGGCUGUGCCUUUCCUUGUUGGUGCUUAUUUUGCAAUUGAUAUGUGUGUGGGGAGUUUGGCUGUUUUCGCAUGGCACAAGCUAAAUCGAAAGAAGGCCAGUUUGAUGGUUCCUGCUGUCGCUUCUGGCUUGAUAUGCGGAGAUGGGCUGUGGCUUCUUCCUUCAUCGAUCCUUGCUUUGUUUAAGGCUCGUCCUCCAAUCUGCAUGACAUUCUUGGCAACAACAUAGACUAUGUUAAUAACACAGAGAGAGAUAAGAGAGUUCGCAGGCCUAUUUAGUUACAUUUUACAAAAACUAACUUUGUUGUAGUUGGAAACAAAAAAAAAAAAAAAAUAGAAUUCUGACCAGUAUAGUGUUCGAUAGACGAUAGACAAUCUGUGUCUUCUAGUAAUAGGUAAAAGACAACAUUUUAGAUAUGUAUCUAUGCUGUUCUAAAGUAACACACCUUAUAUUAUAUGAGCUUGAAGCCUCAGGAAAAGAGUUAGUUCUUAUGCAUAUCAGUGUAUGUAAAAACUUGUAACAAAAUCCAGCUUAGCUGAAGAAUAAAGAGCUAUUCAAUAAAGGGUUCCGAAUUCAAGCAAAGCAA